AAGCAGCUCGGCGGGGGCUAUUUUGUUUACCCAGGGGCCUCACACAAUCGCUUUGAACAUUCUAUUGGGGUGGCGUAUUUGGCAGGACUGCAGGCAAAAACCCUUAAGGAAAAUCAACCAAAACUAAACAUCACUGACAAAGACAUCCUCUGUUUGGAGAUUGCAGGUCUUUGCCAUGACCUUGGACAUUGACCCUUUUCUCAUCUGUUUGACCAAAUGUUUAUGCCCCAAGCAUGUGGAAAUGAAGAAUGGAAGCAUGAGGAUGCUUCUGUAGAGAUGUUUAAAUACCUGCUGAAACAGAACAGAAAACAUCUGACAGAGAUGGAAUACUCUGGGCUGAAAAAUAAUGAUCUGGUCUUCAUCGAAGAGCUUAUUCUUGGAAAGCCUCUGAAGAAUAAAUCAGAUAAACCAGAGUCUCCCUCAGAUUGGCCGUAUAAAGGUCGAGGAAAAAACAAGUAAUUUCUCUAUGAGAUUGUGUCAAACAAGCAAAAUGGCAUUGAUGUGGACAAGUUUGACUACUUCGCCAGAGACUGCCACCACCUUGGGCUCAAGAACAACUUUGACCACAUGCGCUACUUCAAGUUUACCAGGGUGAUUGGGGUGAAAAAAAACAAGCUAAAAAGAAAACACAUCUGCUCAAGAGAUAAGGAAGCAGGGAAUCUCUAUGAUUUGUUCCAUACAAGGGACCGUCUCCACAGACGAGCCUACCAGCAUAAAGUAACCAAGAACGUGGAGAUCAUGAUCAAAGAUGCCCUUUUAAAGGCAAACAACCUGAUUCAGUUUAAGGGAAGAGAUGGAGAGUUCACUAUUUCUGAUGCAAAAAAUGACAUGGAGGCCUACAUCCAACUGACAGACCAAGUAACUGAAAGAAUACUGGGGUCCAGUAGUCCUGAACUGGAACAGGCAAAAAAUAUUCUAGAGAGAAUCAUGAGACGAGAUUUGUACAAGCUGGUUGGUGAAGCCAAGGGGCAGAAUAAACAACACAAGAAAAUAUCUAAGAAGAAAAUCACAAACAAACUGAAAGCAGUCCUGCCAAGAGGAGUUAAAGGCCAUCACAACGAUUACUUUGAAGUGGUGCCAGUCACUUAUAGUUACGGCAAAGGGGACAAAGAUCCGGUGGAAUGUUCUUACUUCUACAAGAAGGAUGAACCACAAAAAGCAUUUAAGAUCAGCAAACAGCAGGUGUCCAACUUCCUCCCUGAGUGUUUUUUGGAGCAAACCAUCAGGCUUUACUGGAAGAAUAAAGAUGAAGAUAAAGAAGAAGAUAAAAAACAGCUGAAGGAUGUUGCUGAAAAGUUCAAGGUCUGGUGCAAGGACAAUGGAUUUCAGGUCGACAUCUAUCCUCAUCAGCCUCCUCAGGAUGAAGCACAGCAUCAGGAACCGUCCACAAAACGUCAAAAGAGAAAACAGUCUUGAAGUGUUGACCUCACAUGCUAAAAAUCUGUUUUUGUGAUGGGAAAUUUAUAAAACUGUUUAAAAGUAAAUCAUUUUUUUAUAUAAUUUUGCUGAAGUCUCCUAGGUGUGCCCCUUGUGUGCUAAUAUGUUGCUUCACAAAGGUAAUGGUAUCCCACAACUCCUUGUGGUGCCGAUCUAACAGCAGCACCAAAGUUACACCUACUUAAUUGAAUUAAUUUGAAUGAAAGUAAAAUAACUGAUAACUACAUGUUAUUUUUAAGCUGAUUUAACGAAAAAAAAUUAUGCAUCUUAACUGCAGCAAAUAAUUAAAUUAGAUAACACUGUGUUGAUUUUGCCACUCCUAAAACUGUAGCAAUUUCUCGCAUGUUUUUUUUUCCUGUUUUCUCAGCUUAAUGAUGGCUCCUUUCACCUACAUGGAGAGUUCCUUUGACCACAUGUUGUCUGUUCACAGCAAAAUCUUCCAAAUGCAAGCACAAGUCCUCUAAUCAACUCCAGGCCUUUUAUCUGCAUCAGUCAUAAUGACAUAACAAGGGGAUUGCCCACACCUGCCCAUGCAAUAGCAUGGAAGUCAUUUGUCCAAUUACUUAUGAGCCCAUGAAAUGAAGGGAUUGUGUUGAAAAAUGCUUUAGUUUUUCACAUUUUUAUGCAA